AUGGUGCUCUCACAGAGACAACGAGAGGAACUGAAUAAAGCUGUAGCAGACUAUUUGAGCUCCAAUGGCUAUAUAUCCUCCUUGACUGCAUUCCAGAAGGAGACUGAGAUGGUAAGUAGAAGAGGGAGUCACAAUUAUCAAAAUGCCUGUAUCUGUGGGGUCUGUCUGUAUGUACAUGUUCACUUUUCUUCUUCUUCUUCCUUUUCUUCUUCUUCUUCUUCUUCCUUUUCUUCUUCUUCUUCUUCUUCCUUUUCUUCUUCUUCUUCUUCUUCCUUUUCUUCUUCUUCUUUUCUUCUUCUUCUUCUUCUUUUCUUCUUCUUCUUCUUCUUCCUUUUCUUCUUCUUCCUUUUCUUCUUCUUCUUCUUCUUCUUCCUUUUCUUCUUCUUCCUUUUCUUCUUCUUCCUUUUCUUCUUCUUCCUUUUCUUCUUCUUCCUUUUCUUCUUCUUCCUUUUCUUCUUCUUCCUUUUCUUCUUCUUCCUUUUCUUCUUCUUCCUUUUCUUCUUCCUUUUCUUCUUCUUCCUUUUCUUCCUCUUCUUCCUUUUCUUCCUCUUCUUCCUUUUCUUCUUCUUCCUCUUCUUUUCUUCUUCCUCUUCUUCCUCUUCUUCUUUUUCUUCCUCUUCUUCUUUUUCUUCCUCUUCUUCUUUUUCUUCCUCUUCUUCUUUUUCUUUCUUUUCUUCUUCUUUUUCUUUCUUCUUCUUCUUUUUCUUUUCUUCUUUUUUUUUUUUCUUCUUUUUUCUUUUUUUUCUUUUUUUUUUUUCUUUUUCUUUUCUUCUUUUUCUUUUUUCUUUUUUCUUUUCUUUUUUUUCUUUUCUUCUUCUUUCUUUUCUUCUUCUUUUCUUUUCUUCUUUUUUCUUUUUCUUUCUUCUUCUUCUUUUUCUUUUCUUCUUUUUCUUUUUUCUUUUCUUCUUUUUCUUUCUUCUUUUUUCUUUUCUUCUUUUUUCUUUUCUUCUUUUUUCUUUUCUUCUUCUUUUCUUUUUCUUUUUAAACAAACCUGGAGAAAUUGAUAAAAAAUAUGCUGGAUUGUUGGAAAAAAAAUGGACCUCAGUUAUAAGAUUACAAAAGAAGGUGAUGGAUUUAGAGACCAAAUUAUUAGAAGCAGAAAAAGAGGUGAAUGCUGGUGCCCCGACUCGUGGCAACAGGAGUCCCACAGAAUGGAUUCCUCGACCUCCAGAACGAUAUGAACUCAAGGGUCACAGAAGCCCAAUAACCAAAGUCAUAUUUCAUCCCCUCUAUAGCUGCAUUGUUUCUUCCAGUGAAGAUGCCACCAUUAAGGUGUGGGACUAUGAAGCUGGAGAUUAUGAGCGCUCUCUCAAGGGCCACACAGAUUCUGUUCAAGAUAUUGCUUUUGAUCACACUGGGAAACUGCUGGUAUCCUGCUCAGCUGAUAUGUCUAUAAAAUUAUGGGACUUCACUGGUUACGACUGUAUUCGUACCAUGCAUGGUCAUGACCACAAUGUUUCGAGUGUCACUUUCAUGCCAAGUGGAGAUUUUGUGGUCAGUGCCUCCAGAGACAAAACAAUCAAAAUAUGGGAAAUUUCCACUGGAUAUUGUGUGAAAACCUUUUCUGGACACAGGGAAUGGGUCCGCAUGGUGCGAGUCUGCCCAGAUGGCUCCCUGUUGGCCAGUUGCUCCAAUGAUCAAACUGUACGUGUUUGGGUUGUGGCCACUGCCGAAUGCAAAGCUGAACUGAGGGAACAUGAACAUGUUGUAGAAUGCAUUGCAUGGGCCCCAGAGUCUGCCCAUCCUAGCAUCAAUGACGCCCUUGGAAACAGCCCCAAAAAAGGUGGCAGAAAUGGUCCCUUCCUUCUUUCGGGAUCCCGAGACAAAACUAUUAAAAUGUGGGAUGUUGGUACUGGCCUUUGUCUUUUCACAUUGGUCGGCCAUGAUAACUGGGUUCGUGGCUUGGUGUUCCACCCUGGUGGCAAAUUUAUUCUGAGUGCUUCAGAUGACAAGACCAUCAGAACGUGGGAUAUUCGUAAUAAACGAAACCACAAAACGCUCAAUGCUCACCAACAUUUUGUUACUUCACUAGACAUGCACAAGACGGCACCAUUCGUGAUAUCUGGCAGCGUGGACCAGACUGUCAAGGGAAAUUUGUCAGUCGUUUUCAGUUACCUCUUUUCACCUCAAUUCUCUAACCAAUUUUUUUUUCCUUUUUCAUAUACAUACACCCACUGUUUUUCUCUCCAAUAUUUGCAUCUCUUUUUCUCUCUCUCUCUCUCUCUCUCUCUGAAUACAUCUCUCCUUUCCAAACAUUAUUUCUCUCUUUCUUCUUUUUCAAAACAAAAAUAA